CCUGAAUCUAGACCGGCAUCAGUAACCGACGGACCGUUGCCGCCGUUUGGCGAUUUCCCUCUAAAAGACUUUUAUACUUGUUACAUAUUAUAUACUUAGUUCUAUCGAAUUUCGGAGUGUUUUAAUUUUUCCAAUAGUAGUUCGAAGACUUCAAGUAUACCGGAUUUUCAAGUGUAAAACUCGUUUAAAAAUUGUUCGCGGGUUAUUCUUAGCAGAUUGACCGGAAGCAGUGAAAACUAGAGCGGUACCAUAUAAACGCGGGCAACAGUUUGUCGAAUUCGCUUCAUACCAUACUCUGCAUAAAUAAAGGAGUUACACAAACAAACAGAACAAUGAACUCGUACAUCAAGAAAUUGGGUUUCCUGUACAAAUCGUACGUUCUCACCGUACUCACAUUGGGUUAUCUGACGUCGGAAAUGGGCCAUUUCAUGAUCGGAGUAACCAGCAAGGCGACGGCCAGGGACGUGCACUACGGAGACAUUAAAUGUCAGUUGCUCGAGGAACUGGCUGAAUCAUCAGUCUUCAACUACACGUUGCAUGGUCACUGCGACAUGGCCCCAGACCAGAAAUCGUGUGAAUCGUUAACCUUAGACGAUGGCUCAAAAUAUUGCGAAUGGAAUUACAACGGUCUUGGUUUUGAGUACCAACUUUUGGCUGGUCCAGCUUUUAUCGCAGUUUACUCGUUAUGUGGAAUCGGUUUUGGAAUUGCUGCUGACAAAUUCAAUAGAGUUCGUUUGUUGUCUUUGUGCACAUUGAUCAGCGCUACGGCCAUUGGACUAAUCGGUGCGGCGACUCAAUACUGGCAUUUGAUACUUCUCAGAAUAUUGCUUGCAGUCGGCGAGGCCGGUACCAAUCCCUUAUCCACGGGAAUACUGUCGGAUUUGUUUUCAGAAGAAAAGCGAGGAUUAGUCAUGGCAAUUUUCAAUUGGGGAAUAUAUGCUGGAAUUGGUUUAGCUUUCCCAGUCGGCCGAUACGUCACUGAAAUGAACGUCGGUGGUUUGAGCUGGAGAGUGCCAUAUUACCUGAGUGGAAUGAUUGGAGUAAUUGUAGCAGCUUUAGCCAUCACCACAAUGAAAGAGCCAAAAAGAACUGUUAUUAGCGAAGAGACUGAAGAAGUAUCAAACGAAGUAGCCAAAGCUGGAACUGAUGUAAAUAACACCACUAAUACCACCAACAACGAAAGCACAGAAAAAGUCAGCAUCUGGAAAGUCUUGUUCCAGCCUAAGAUUUUAAUUCUCUGCAUUGCCGCUUCUAUAAGACACACGGGAGGAUUCUGCUUUGCCUAUAAUGCCGACCUAUUUUACCGAGACAUUUUCCCAGGAUACGAUAUGGGAUGGUCUUUAUUCGUAGUGACAUUCUUGGUGGGAAGUAUCGGAGUGGUCGUCGGUGGAAUCACGUCAGACAGUAUAGUAGUCAAAUACGGAAUGAGAUCUCGUGUGGCCGUGUUGGCUAUUAGUCAGCUUAUUGCAACACCGUUUGCCUACGGGAGUAUUUACUUAGGUCCAUUAGGUGCUAUGGUCACGUUAGCUAUCUCUUAUUUGUUCGCUGAAAUGUGGUUUGGUAUCUUAUUUGCCAUUUUGGUGGAAUCCGUUCCAAUGGCUGUACGUUCAACUACUGUUGGCGCGUUCCUUUUCUGGAUGAAUAACUUUGGCGGUAAUGUUCCUAUGUUUGUAGAACCCGUAAGAAAAGCAUAUGACUACAAAACGGCUUUGGCUAUUUUCUAUGCCGGUUUCUACCUACUCAGCUCAAUUAUGUUUGGUCUCAAUAUAAUAUUCAUGGGAAAGAAAAAGCAAAAGAAAACUAAUAACCACACAUUAGCUGGAAUAGAAAACGGAGGAUAUAAAAACACUGAAUUUGGAACUGGGGCAAAAGGCCUUCCAGUAUCAAAUUUCGAACAUCUGUAGUGAGAAGAAUGCUUCGGUGGCCACGUUGGGAAGAGAAGAGCCAUAGAAAAAUCAAAAAAAUCAUAAAGAUGCCCAAGGAGAUGUGUGAUAAUAAACGUUUAAAAUGAUAUUUUUGUAAAUAUUUUUGUACAUACGAUCAACGGCGACCUCCGACACCUUCGUGACGACUUAUGUCCAUCGGAUUUUCGGAUUGUUGGCCGUUGUAUUCCCAUUCUUAAACCCGCUAUUGUUCGAUGAUAACAACAAAA